AUGCCCUGUUGCGGUUACACUGGCACCGAAAGCUGCCCUCAGCGUACUCCUCAGAGUCCCUGUGUAGCAGAAAGAAGCACUCCAUCCAUAACGCCUUUCCCCCAAAAGAAUCGAAGCCGAAAAAGAAAACACCUCCCCCUUAUCCCGCUGCGUGGUGAUCGACUGACAAUCCCACCCCGGCAAAAUUUCGAAAUGACCGUUUCAAGUUUUCAAAAUGGAAUCCUGGCGCGCGUCGCCCCUGCCGCCCUCGCACAAGCCUCGACGGGCGGCGGUUUCGACGCCGUGGGACGCCUCGCCGGCCUCCCGUCCCGCCCAUCCCGCGCCCCCAGGCCCCAACCUGCCGCCUGGAGGCCACGCAGACCUCGCCUCGCCCAAAUCCCCCUUCCCGCCAUGAGCUCCGCAGGCCGACAGCGCGACGAGGGCCACCAAUCAGCCGCACGCACCACGCCCGCCGCCGCGGAUGCCAGCAUGGACGCGGAUGUGGCCCUCGCAAAGAUGCUGCAGCAGCAGGAGGCCGCGUUUUUGAUGUUCAGGGGGGAGGCGGAGGUGGGAACGAG